AUGACCGAUCUCGUUCGGCAGGGCUUCAUAUGCCCUUUCUGUAUGUGUGACUUGGGAGAUUUCCCAAGUCUGCAGACGCACGUUGAAACAGUUCAUCCAGAAGAAGAGGCGGAGGGAGAUUUAACUGAUGUGGUUCUGCAGAACAUGAAAGGUCUCUUCGACAAAGCCAAAAGAGGAAUUCGAAAAAUUGAUGCUAAAGUUUCUUUGGAUCUUGCUCAAGUAAACGUCGGAGUUUCCAACAGCAUGACUAACUUGUCAAACUACGCUAAUGCAGUACAAGAUAAAGCACGUCCACGGCCUGCUCCCGUAAUUCGUCCUCCUCCUGUUAGAGCAGAAAUCGGGAUCGUGCGCUCUCACAAGGAGCUUUUUAUCCAGAAUCGAGACGCAUCCGUCAAUGAAAGUGCUGUAAGAACCAAUAUGUUGAUUAUUCGGCUCGAUAGGCUUAUCAACGAACGCCCCAACGACCCUUCCAAAAGAAAAGACUUCGAAAGAGAGAUUGUUCCAUGGUUAGAUGAUAGAGACUCUACUGUUUGUCCGUCUUGUGCAGCCAAGUUUGGUCUCACAAGACGACGGCACCAUUGUCGUCUUUGUGGGAAAGUUAUGUGCCAUCAGUGUAGUCGUUUCUUAUCUUUCCUUUCUGCAAGAAAGCUUACUAACCCGUCGUUAUUAUCCUAUACAGAACCAGAAGAAACGAUAACCCAAGAGCCCGGCUCUCCAUCCCAUGGACGGAAGUUAUUAGAAAUUACUCAAAAAACUACUGAAAAAAUGAAAAUGUUCUUCGAAGGGGCUGUGAGUAAAAUAAGUAAUGAUGGAUCGGAAGGUAGUUUGGGAUCAUUACUCCAACAGGAUGCUACUGAAUGUUUGCGCGUUUGCACCUCAUGUCUAACGGAUCUUAGAAGAAGGGAAGAAAUGAUGGAACAACAUGUUGCUCCAGCUUUAGCAGAGCAAUAUGGAACUUUAGAUAUUUCUCUGAGAGAAAUAGCCUCGUUAUCCCCAGGCUAUAUUCGAAUGGCUUCAAGUAUUAAUAAUGGCGAAACAAUGUAUACACUCAGAGAUGCUGAGGAAAUGCGUCAAAAGAUAUAUCAGAAACAAGCCCAAAUCGACUCUUUAAGUAAACGUAUUCUCGAAGGCGGUGACGAGAAAGCUUUAAAAGAGCUGCAGCUGCGCAAAAAUAUUCGUUAUGUUGCCAUAACAACUUUAGAAGAAGUUAUUUCUGGGAUGACAUCAUUACCAACUCCUGAGCAAUAUCAGAAAUUGGUUGAAAAACACAAACAAAUCAUUGCAAGGCAAAUAGAAGAAGCAAGAGCUUGUCAAAUUGAUAAACCGCCUAAACUGGUGACACAGAAGCCUCCACUGUCCUCUUCAUACAGUAGCCCGAUCACGACAGUUAGCUCACGCACGAAAGCAACAGACGAGGGAUGGACACCGAAUCAAACGAGAGCUUACAAUCCGUUUUUGGAUGAAGAAGAUAUGCAACAUCCCAUGUAUGAGCAAAGAGAUAUCAUCAAAGGGUACUUGACGCAAGCUGUUGCCGCUGGACGUCUAGAAGAAGUGGACAUGUUAGAGCGGAACUUGAAAGAUUUAGAGGAGGAGAUGAGAAAGAUGGGUUUACAAACACAUUAA